CGAAGACCAGCAACUGUGGGGUUUCCCCGCAAUUUCUCUAGCUGCGGCGGUCUCAGCUCUGGAUUCGGUUGUGCCUACAAAGAUGCCGUGUCGUGCAGUGGUGCCAGAAAGCAGAUAGCCACUCCGUCAGACGUGGCUCCUUCCGUUUCCUUUGCUGCGCCUAACUUGGGAGAUUGUCAUUUUGAACGUAGCAUCCGGUACUUCACUACUCCAGCGCCACGCUAGAGACUAUUGAAUGCCGAGCUCGAACAAAGAUCCCGUGGCGUGGCGCCGCUUCUCUGCGAUACGUGAAUACGUGAUACAGUGGUACCCGUGAACUUGUUUAAGUCGAGCAGUUUUACUUGCAGGCACGUAACGCCGUUGAUCGUUGACCGGGUGAUGCUCAGAGGAGUCGCGGCAUGCAGACAUACACAGCGAGGUGCACUUGUGCACUUGUAGCAGGAAACUGCAGCUAACUCACUGGACUGUGCUUCUGAAAAGACCACAGAGUGCCUGAGGUUCAGGCUUAGUCUCCAGCAAGGGGUAUCACACGAACUCCCUAUCAUCCCGCUUUGCACACAGCCUCAUCCACGGGAAAAGAAACCGGCACCCCUGUGCCAACAAAAGAAUCCCUUUUCCACGUGUAGUUUCAGUUUUCUAAUCUGCAGCGGACGAGGCUCCCGCUCGGACGGUGUCUGCAGAGCGGAUACUGUACCCCGUGAACAAACGUGUGAAUUGUGUAGACCGAUGCAUCUUUUCUGUACAUAACCCGAGCACCGCUGUCACCCCAGUCCCCAUGGUCCCGCCCCCGUUUGCUUUCAAAGAAAACCGCCGGUCGCAGCGCAGUCGCCAACGCGCGGAAGGCGCACCGCCGGACUCUGGUCCACCCGCCCAAGCUGAGAAUUGCAUGUUCUUCUCUGGGGAAGAGAGGCUGCUGCCUGAACAUUCCCUUUUGUCUUCCAAACAAAAGUGAAGAAACGUUUCGCCAUCCUUUAGGUCGUGUAUAUAGUGCCUCUGUUUUUGCGUACAAUGUCGGAACUCAAAGGAAAGAAUAUCUUCCUUACCCCGGAUGGUCGCACGUACCAUCUGGGCGUCAAGAAGGGAGACUUGGCAUCACUGAUCGUGACGGUCGGCUGCGAACAGCGCGCGCGGGUUCUCGCAGCGAAAUUCCUUACGGAUGUCACGGAGGUUUCCUCUUCGCGACAAUUCUACACCUUCACGGGCAAAUACAUCAAAGGCGGACAGCGCAUGUCGAUCGUCUGCAUUGGCAUGGGUGCUCCGAUGGCAGAUUUUUUCAUUCGUGAAGCCUCUUUUGUUUUGGAAGGAGAACCCUUGGCCGUCGUUCGCAUUGGCAGUUGUGGAAUCGUCGACUACGCGACCCGGCCGGGUACUCUCAUGCUCAGCGACGAGAGCAUGUACUGCUACAGGAACUACUGUCACUUUGACGGCGAAGCAGCUUUGGGAAACAAACGGGAGUGCGGGCGCGACCCGCGACCCUACUUGCUGACAGCGCCGGUCAAGGCAGACAAGCGUUUGACCGAUCUUAUCGAAGCCAACUUGAAUGCGCAGGGUGCAGCAGUCAAACGAGGCCUCAACUGCUCGGCGGAGACUUUCUUCGCUUGUCAGGGCAGAGAGUUGCCGCUGUGGAACGACAAUAACGCGAACCUCCUGAAGGACAUGACAGACCUGGGGGUCGUGAGUCUGGAGAUGGAGACGCACCAAAUCUUCCAUCUCAUGCACCAGAGACAGCACAGCAUCCCAAACGGACCCAAGUCGUACGCCGCCUCUCUCAUGAUCGGCCUUGUGAACCGGAGCAAUCCGAACUUGACAGCUCACGUGACGGCGGAAGACCAAGAUAAGGCUACUUUGGCAGCGGGCGAAGCUGCCUUUGAUGCCCUUGUGACACUUGUUUCCGAAGGCAUCAUCAAGCCUGCGGCGUAAAGCAACUGAGCAGGUCAUGAGCAGCAACUUCGGAGGCAUCAAGGCCGGUGAUGAAAGUACUGUGGAUACGCGGCGCACAAAGACGAACGGAGCAAAUCCAGCGCCCUCGCGCAGACGUCGUCCUCGCUGCGCACUCUAGGACUGUAACCAGAUGAUGCACACAGUACCACGUUACCAGAGAGAACGGAACGGUGGUUCUGGGGUUCCAUAUUUGCCUUGGGCCCUCGUGUCAUGAAUUCAAAUGAUGGGUUUCAUUCCCACGCAGGAGAGCUGCUCCCGAAAAAAGCACCGCGAGACUGCGUGUGAGCGUUUUAGGGGUUCUUCGUCAUUAGUUACGUGCACAGAGAGCGUAAAUUUCUCCUCCCGGUCCAGAGCAGUCCACACAGAGGCUGUCUGCUUGGAAAUGUUCACUGGACCGCCGAGCGCUUCGCAGUCCACGUGCCGCACUGGAAACUGACGUCUGCGGCCGGCCUACAAAAACGCAACAAAGGCACCGUCAGCGGGUUUCAGAUGUGGGAUAGAGAUUCUGGAGAUGAGUGGGGCGACGUACACACGUUUCCGUGCCUCUCCAGGUUUUCUCCGCCCCCAUGUUUUUGCCUCGAGUGGACGGUCGGCGGAAAGGAAGGCUUUCACAAAGUAUAUGUACAACCAGGCGGCCUUUAGAGCCAACGCAGUUCCGUGCUGCUCAAGCAAUUGUUUCGUUCAAACGCGGAUUGCCGAAAUGCGGGGGACGCAGACGGACAGCUCGAGGAAAGCGUCGUCUUUGCCGUCACGGUCUUGGCUUCCCCUGCCGAAGCAACAGAGGCGAUAAUCGACGGGGCAUUAGCUUCCCGUGGAACAUCGUAUUUCUUCGCCCGUUUGUUUUUGUCCCCUGGCACGCGUCGCAUGUUGGAAAACCUACGACUUGCAUUAUUUUCAGAGGGUUAUGAAGCAGGCGUCGUUGCCUCGAAGCGCACUUUGCCCCGUUUCCGCUCGCAAGAAACUCACACGACGAUUCUCGCUAACUGAGCGGCGGCAC